AUGUGUAUCGCUGCAUGGAUUUGGCAGGCUCACCCUCAGCACCAGCUCCUGCUGCUGCUCAACAGAGAUGAGUUCCAUAGCAGGCCUACAAAGGCAGUAGGAUGGUGGGGGGAGGGCUCAAUGAAGAUUCUUGGUGGCAGGGAUGUACUUGGUGGAGGAACAUGGAUGGGGAGCACCAAAGAUGGCAGACUUGCCUUCCUGACCAAUGUGCUCGAGCCUGAUGUGAUGCCUGGCGCACGCACUAGGGGAGACCUGCCCCUCAGGUUCCUGCAGGGCAACAAGAGCCCACUGGAGGUUGCAACUGAAGUCGCAAAAGAAGCUGAUGAGUACAAUGGCUUCAACCUUAUACUAGCUGAUCUAACCAGGAAUGUCAUGGUUUAUGUGUCAAACCGGCCAAAGGGGCAGCCUGCGACGAUUCAGCUCGUCUCACCAGGACUCCAUGUGUUGUCCAAUGCAAGGCUAGACAGCCCUUGGCAGAAGGCAAUUCGCCUUGGUAAAAACUUCAGGGAGUUUAUAAGGAAGCAUGGUGAUGAUGAAGUUGAAGCGAAGGAUAUAGCUGAUAGACUAAUGACUGACACCACGAGGGCUGAUAAAGAUAGGCUGCCAAACACCGGUUGUGAUCCCAACUGGGAGCACGGUCUGAGCUCCAUCUUCAUCGAGGUGCAAACUGACGAAGGGCUCUAUGGGACAAGGAGCACAGCAGUUCUUUCAGUGAACUAUGAUGGAGAAGCUAGCUUAUAUGAGAAGUACCUCGAGAGUGACUUCAUGUUGCCACCUCUGUCUAUGAUCAUACAUGCUUUACAGACAUUGUACCUUCAGUUCUUCAAUACAGUAGAUAUCGACUCUGAUGUUUACUAA